AUGGCCAGAUCUCGCGAGGGCUGGCAAUGGUCUCCAAAUGGUACUCUUCAGCAAGGACUUCCUUCAAUAGGGGUCAUCCAGCCGCCUCGCAAUGUGGGCAAAACGAGUGAAGUAUUCGACGUCAUUGUCAUUGGCUCCGGUUAUACUGGUCUGACUGCUGCAAGAGAUGCAACGACCUCAGGCUUGAAGACUCUCCUUCUAGAGGGAAGAGAUCGCAUUGGAGGGCGAACCUGGUCAUCAAACAUUGAUGGCUAUCCGUUUGAAAUGGGUGGCACUUGGGUGCACUGGUUCCAACCACAUGUGUAUCGCGAAUUGUCGAGAUAUGGCAUGAUCGAUCAACUUGUACAUUCCACCGACUAUAGCAAGAAGCACAAUUUCUUUAGCUUCGCAACGAGGUCGGGUCGAAGGGAGAUGAGCCACGAAGAAGAAGAUGAGCUAUUUGCGCGUGCGGUGCAAAAGUUUGUGAAUGUUGACGGCAAUUAUGGCAAGACGGUUAUGCCAUUCCCUUUCAAUGCACACUGGAACAAGGAUGUCUUGCAGUAUGCGAACAUGUCUUUCGCCGACCGGAUCGCUCAGAUUCAACACGAUCUGUCCGAAGAUGAGCAGCACGCAAUUGAGAGUUUCGCCUUACUGUGCAGCGGAGGCACUCGAGACAACUCUGCCUUCCUUGACUUCCUGCGUUGGUGGGCGGCUGGUAAUUAUGAUUAUAAAACCUUGCUUGACACUAUUAUCAUCUUCAAGCUCAAGUGUGGUCAGUCUGGAUUUGCAAUCCGUUUCUUCAAAGAGGCCCUAGAAACGCAGAACUUGGCAUAUGCUUUCAACACGGCAGUGUCUCGUGUUGACGGAACGGGUGAUGUCGUUCGUGUUCUUACCAAGGAAGGGGACGAAUUCCAGGCCAAACGAGUUAUCUGCACGGUUCCUCUAAACGUGCUUAACAAAGUGGACUUCAACCCACCGUUAAACCAGGCCAAGCGAGAAGCUUCCGCUUUGAAGCAUGUCAAUCAGUGCGUCAAGGUUCAUGCAGAAAUCAAGGAUCCAGAAAUGCGAUCAUGGAGUGGUGUCACAUAUCCGAACAACAAACUGGUGAUUGGUCUCGCCGAUGGGACCACUCCAGCAGGAAACACACACUGUGUCUUUUUUGGAUGUGAUGCCAACCAUAUACAUGCCGACGAAAACAUCCAGGAAACGUUGAAAGCUGUCAAGUCCUUCGCGCCUAUGGAUGUCGAAAGAUUGGUCUUCCAUAACUGGUCCAAGGAUGAAUUCGCCGAGGGAGCAUGGGUCUGGUAUCGGCCAGGAAUGGAAGUCAAAUACCUUGAAGGUCUUCGUGAAAGGCAAGGUGCCAUCCUCUUUGCCAACUCGGAUUGGGCUGCAGGAGGAUGGCGUAGUUUCAUUGAUGGAGCUAUUCAAUCAGGGACAGAAGCAGCAUUGACGGUCAAGGAGGAGCUGCUGAGCCGAUCGCCUACAUCUCGCCUUUGA